GUGGGGCCUGGCUGUGAACACAGAGGGAGGCAGACUGUGGUCACUGACCGGAGACUCUGCUGCUUUUAUUCCGCUCAAAUCAGACCGCAUGUCUGACCCAGGGGUCCGCCUGCUGCCGGGAGCAAACUGCAUUCAUUCCCCCGACAUUUGACAGAUGGAUGCUGUCCUGUGAAGGGAAGAGGAUGAAAAAAUCGCCUGAUGUAUUUGUUGGCUCCUUCGCUCAUAGCCUAUGUAUCGGAGGCAGCGACGGCUUGGCCCUUUCUUUAUUAUAGGAAUGAGAUCUCCGCGGUUAGCUAUGUGAAGAGCAGAUCGCCCAAUCAUUUUCAUUUCGCGAUCCUGAGGAAUAAUUAUGAACAACGCGCAAGAUAUGUCGCCCGAUUUCGUGUUGAUGCGCCUGGUUUCCGCGGCCGAGGAUGACCGCUUGGACGCAGAAAACGGGAAUCUGCCGCCGGGUGGAGUGGUGGCAGGGUUGGGGAAGGAGGUCCUGGCUCACAGUGGCGUCAAAGCGGGGUUGGAUAUAAGCCGAGAUUCGACGGCGGGCCUCGAGCAUCCUAGCACCCACCUGAACAAAGCCCAGCCGAGCGGGGAGGGCACGGCUGCACUUGACACAAGAGGGACGGAAAGCCGAGACCCUCUGUCCGCGACUCCUCCGCCGCAGAGCCCCAUGGAGGCCCAGGGCUUUGACUUCGCCCCGAGCCCCGGCCUACGGCCUCAGCUGCUCGUCUUCUCUAACAUAAUGCGGAACGGAGAGGGGAUUUUAGAAUUAGAUCGUCUGAACCAGAGCAGGGAUGCGCUGGGUUUGGAGCAGAGCGCGGGGACCGUCUGCUCCGGCCCGACCGUCAACAACAACACCCUGAGUCCCAGAGACGUCCAGCAGAACCUGCUGGACCGGACAUGGGGGGCUCAUUCACCAGUGUCUCUAACCGGGGACAUGCAGGGAGCAGCGGAGCUGUGCCGACGGCAUCGACUCAUCACUACCCCGCCCGACUGGCCCUUGUUGUCGGAGAGGUCCAACCCUCUCACCGUGAUGGAAUCUAAGUGGGGAUGCGCGGCCAGGGACCGAGAGGGAGCCGUGUUCGAGCUGGCACGGCGAUUCGGGGAACUGGGGGUCGGUGCGGUCCCAAAGAUGCUGUUCAAAGCAGGCGAACUCCCGCAGUGCUCGUGUCAGGGGGCACACAGGCCUGGAGCAGGGGGGCAGCCCGGGGAUGACCCCACAGAGACCAGCGACGCUCUGUUGGUCCUGGAGGGGCUGGGGAGCGGGGAUGUUGCCGGCAUGGGCAUGGACGAGUGUCCGGAGGCAGAGACAGACGAUGACAACGGACGCAGGGAGUUUUUACUAAACAGGAAACGGGAAAUAGUUCAGAAAAUGUCCGGGACUUUCUCCAUCAGCAGCUUCCAGGCGGAGCUGAGGCGGCAGGUGGAGGUGAUGGCCCCGGUGGCGGUAGAAGGCGCGCAGGUGUGCAGCCUCCACGGGAACUCAUCCAGCCAUCUGUCACAGGUAAGUUCCGGGGAUGCUGAGGUCGUCAGCCAGGACUCAGCCAUGUCACCCGCACCCACACCGGCCCAGAGCACACCUGGGGCAAACACGCCGACGCUGAGCCAAGCGUCGACGCCCAGGAGGCGGCCGGAGCGGUGCGCCAGCGCGCCACGGACUCCCACAGGCAGAGCCUCCUGUGGGGAUAAAACUCUUAAAGUUCCAGGAAAGUCCAAAAAGGGUUUAAAGAUUCGCUUGAGUAAACUGUUCCGAACUAAAAGCUGCAGCGGCUCCAAUCACCUGCUGGACAAGAGGCCCUCAGUGACUUACUCGGUGUCGUCUGCCGGGAGUCUUAUGGACAUGGCGAGCAGCACGGGAGCUGAGAAGGAUGCAGACAGCCACAGCCAGCCCAGACUGACCAGGGCCCACAGUGCCUUCUCCCCUGCAUCCCUCUCUGCCUCCCUUUCUGCUUUCACGGGUGAGACUGUUUCCCUGGUGGAUGUGGAUAUUUCACGGAGAGGUGCAAACACGCCACACCCUCCCACGCCUCCCCCUCCUCCACGCCGAAGUCUCAGUUUGUUAGAUGACAUAGCCGGGCCUCAGCCUGGGCCUUUCCUAGUGAGUGUUAUGGGUGCCUCCCUGCAGUCCCUUCCCCUGCCUCUCCCUCCUCCUCCUCCUCCCUCCCACGCCACCAUCCAACACAGUCUCAGCCUCAAUGACGCCUUCCUUCGGGCCCUCCCACAUUCAAGCUCAACAACCGCUGAUGCUCCACCCCCUUCCAGACAAGCCCCACCCCCUAUGCUGUGUGCACUGAGGCGGUCUGAAGCAAGCAACUUUACGGCCAGUCUGAGAGAGCUGGAGAAGUGUGGCUGGUACUGGGGUCCAAUGAACUGGGAGGACGCAGAGAUGAAGCUGAAGGGGAAACCAGAUGGAUCGUUCCUGGUCAGAGACAGUUCAGACCCCAGAUAUAUCCUGAGCCUCAGCUUCAGGUCACAGGGAGUAACACACCACACACGCAUGGAGCAUUACAGAGGGACGUUCAGCUUGUGGUGUCACCCGAAGUUUGAGGACCGCUGCCACUCGGUGGUGGAGUUCAUCGAGCGAGCCAUCAUGCACUCCAAGAACGGCAAAUUCCUUUACUUCCUCCGCUCCCGAGUCCCAGGGCUUCCUCCCACCCCGGUUCAGCUGCUCUAUCCUGUAUCUCGCUUCAGUAAUGUGAAGUCUCUACAGCAUCUCUGUCGAUUCUGCAUCCGACAAAUAGUCCGCAUCGACCACAUCCAGGAGCUUCCACUGCCCAGACCACUUAUAUCCUACCUGAGUAAGUUUUAUUACUACGACCCCGAGGAGGAGAUGUACUUGUCAAUCAAGACCAUCAGGAGGGUGAUGGGAGCAGAUCGUGAGGCAGAGUCACAGACGUAGCAGCAGAGAUCUUCUGAGCUCAAGUUUCUGUUAUGAGGACUGAUCUAUUAUGGUCUGAAGCAUCAUCCAAUCAGAGUAUCUGAAAAUCUGAUGUGUCAAGAAGGACUUGGAUGGACCGGCCUCUCUCUUCAAAUGGACUAAACUAAAGGAGGGACAAGUGUUUGCUGUGGGACAGUGAGAUACCUGUCAUUGCGUUCAGGGGACGUUGCCUUGUCUUCAGAGGGACUGCAGAGAUGUUCUCUCGUCUGAAAAACACGUUGGUUCUGAACAAAAAGAGAGCGGCAAUUAUGAACUAGAUUUGCAGAUUUUCUGAACCUGCUGAACUGGACUUUUAAAACACAAUGCACUGGUCAAUUUGUACAACUGUUGUUUGCUGCCGUUUCCUUGUUUUUCCUUAAUUCAAUUCUGUCAAAAUGAGGGUUUUGGAUUAAAAGUUUCCCUUUGGCUAGAUAUACACACAGAGGCAGGGUAACAGAGGCAGGGUAGCAGAGGCACGUCCGCGAGCUUUCAGAGAGAGGUGUUGACAAAACCACAAUGUUAGCUGCAGGGCUAAAAUAAUGCUAAUGCUAAUCAGACAUAUCUGACCUAAAAUAACUUUGAAAUUGAAUUUAAAAUCCUAGUUUACCGUACGUGUUUGUAAUGCAGCCAGACUAAUGAGACAUGCUCAGCUUUUUCUAUAUACUUGUUUGGUUACUGAAGCAUACCCCUCUUAAGCUGUGAAUGUUUUAGCCUUAUAAACAAACUCAAAUGUG